CUUGCUUAUUUAAACAAAUAAAUAAUCAAUAUAAUUUCAAGAGCAACAAACACUCAAAUUUAAUUCAUUCUGACACAUCAUUUUUCUUUUCAAGUAUGCAUAUUCUUUGUAAGUCAUGCAUUAAAGUAGCUUAAUGUCAUUUAUGAUGUCCACAGUAAAAUCCUUUUCCAGUUUUAAUGCAAUUUUUUUUGCAAGGCAAUGUAAAAAACGUCUUCCUUCUUGCCUGAACGCAGCUGAACUGAGAAACUCAGCUUAACCUGUUAAAGGAUUUAUUUAUAUACCGCUGUAAUUAAAAGGUCUUGUUAGGACAGUGGCCUCAGAAAGUGGGAAAGUAAGAAUGGGUUGGUCCUUUUUAAACCCCCAGUGAAACCAUAUGUUUUACAGAAAGGCAAUCUAGAAGAGUGAGGUGAUAGGUCAUGGUUUAACUUUAGUCACGCAAGGCAUUUUGUGACACUGGUGUAAUUGAGUAUAAUGGCCCUCCUAUUUAAUCAGCUAUGACUUUGUGAAAUAUCAAUUAUUUAAGUGAAUUUAUUAAUCAUUUACAAAGACUCAGGAGGAGAGGGUGUAAAAACAAAUGAUGUAAUGCAACAAGAAUUUAUAUUAAAGGCAUUUAGUCGAUAUUAGAUUUCUGCUAUAUUGGAUAGUGAACUUUACCCUGAAGGUUCUGCACGUCAGAUCAAAGAGCAAAUGAGAUUUAGCCCUUCCAAAAAUACCAGUACGUUUAUAGUCAGACAACACGCUUCUAGUUGUAAGUGGAUUAUGUCAGUUUAGCUGUGAGGAGAAUGAAGCGCGGCACUUUCGCUUCGGUUAUGGUGACAAUUUUCAGAUGAUCAACAUUUUGGACAAAGACGGGAUUUCAGUAUGGGUCAAAUUCAAAGUGAUGAAGAAGAAGAAGUGGAGCUAUCAGAUAUCCAGCCUCUUUAUACCAGAUUCAUGAGAGAGUGCCCAAGUGGAGCCCUGCAUCUUCAUGAAUUCCGCAAGAUCUUCGGAGUUCAGAGCACAUCGGAAGAUGAGGCUUUGUUCAUGGAAACGCUCUUCAAAUCUUUCGACACAAACAAGGAUGAUGUUAUAGACUUUAUGGAAUUUGUAGCAGCUGUCCACCUGGUUCUGAGAGGGAACCUAGAGGACAGAUUGAAAUGGUCUUUUAAAGUUUAUGACAGAGAUGACAGUGGAAAGUUGGACAAACAAGAGGUCAAACGCAUUAUAAAGAUCAUUUGUAAACUUAAGAAAAACCACAUGAACAUGACACCCAGUGAAAUAUGUGACAAGAUAUUUGAAGUUUUAGAUGAAAACAAAGAUGGUCAAAUAUCCCUAUCAGAGUUCAUGGAAGGGGCACAAAAAGAUGCCUGGAUUAUGGACCUCCUAAAACUGGACACUAAUGCACGGGGUUGGUUCAGGGAAAAAUGGGGAAAAGAUCCAUGAGCUUUCAUCCACAUCCCAUGGGCCAAAACCUGCUUGCCCUUUUACAAUCUUUCAAAUGUUGAGGCCUGCAAAUGAGAGAGACCUGGUAUAGAGGUCAGAAAAUAUUUGCCUUCUGUCACGAGCGAAUACGUGCCUCAUCAUACAUUGAUCGCAUUGAUGUUCAAACAGUCUGCAUGUGUAAAAGCGGGUUCCGUCACAUUUUCUUCUGAGUGUGGUGAAGAUGCUGGUAUUCUUAUGAAGGAUGGAUAUAAUUACCCAAAACUUGGUUUAAGAAAAAUUAAUCGUGUGUUCAUAGAUGGAACAAUAACUAGGUUCCAUAGUCAAUUUAAAGGGAUACUCCACUUUUUUUGGAAGUAGGCUCAUUUUACAACUCCCCCAGAGUUAAACAGUUGAGU